GUGUCAUUAAUACCUCAGGAAUUCCCGUCACACCUGUGUCACGUGACUCACUCUUACCUGCGAUUUUAAAAUGGUGGACGUUUGUUUGAAUUUCCGGACAAGCUCAAAGAUGUUUACGAUUACGUUUAUAAUUCUUGUUGGAAUGUCGUCAAUAUUUGUUGAAGCCCAGCGACCAGACAUUGUGGAUGAAAUUUUACCAGAGGUAAAACAGAAGAACCAGAUAGGUUAUUUGAACUGCACAGUGGUCAACAAAGGUUCCGAGUCGGUGGUGCAAUGGUCCAAAGUGGAAACAGUAAAUGGUGGAAAUCCUAUUUUGCUCAGUGAAGAUGACAAAAUUGUGUAUCAAGGUAAUACUGGGAUAAAUGAGGAUUCGGGGCUGCGUAAAUAUGAUAUGCAGAGUCGUAUAAAUGGACGGAGAGUCACGUACAUGUUGGUGAUUCGAUAUUUAGCAGAGGAGGAUGCUGGCGAUUAUUUGUGCACGAUUAGAAUUCAAGGAGUACAGUGGCCGGAAUGGCCAAAGAAGAUCGGAAAAUUAACAGUACAAAUUGCUCCUCAGAUCCAGCCCAGUAUCAACUCCAUUUAUGAAAAAGACAUAGGAUCUUCUCUUCAGCUGACAUGCGAGUCCCACGGCAACCCCUACCCAAACAUAACCUGGAAGAGAGAAGACGGUCAGGAACUACCCAUGGGAGGAUUCCAGUCAAGGGGAGCAACAUUAAAUCUGACUGAUAUUCAGAGAAAUGACAGAGGGAACUACAUCUGUGUAGCUGACAAUAAUGUGAAACCCCCAGACAGCUUCAAAGUGGAGGUCAUCGUCUUUUUUCAGCCCUCAUGUAGGCCUGUGCAAUCAACAGUGGGUCAGGCUCAGAACAGAAGGUUUAAUGCCAAACUGGAGUGUAUUGUUGCAGGUUAUCCUCAGCCAAGUAUGAAAUGGAUGAAAGAAACAGAGAAUGGAAAACUCAUUGAAAUAGAUGACGACGACAAAUAUGACAUCACCAAGCAGUUUAGCAGUCAGCUACAGAAUGAUGAGUUUUGGUACACACUCUUGGUGAAGAACGUUCAGGCCAAAGACUACACAAACUACCAUUGUGUGGGUACCAAUAAAUAUGGUGACGGAGAAACAACCAUUGCCUUAUUUGAAACAAUGGAGUGCCAGGGAUCUAACUGCCCUAGCCCGGGCGGAGCGGGGGUGGGGACACAGAUACAAGCCUCCGUGUUCACUGUGCUCCUGUUUGGACUAGCCUCUCUGCUUGUACUGUGAAUGCAGUAUAGGUGAAAGAGAAAAACUGUGAGCAUGCAAGAACAAGGUUUUUAUCCUCAAGAACUAUUGAAAAUACUGUGUUCUUCAUGAAUUUUUUUUUAAACUGUGAAAUCAUGAAAGAUGAUCACGCAAUCAUUCUGAAUAAGCAAAAGCUGAUACACGAGAUUUUCAGGAUAUUGAUUCUAUUUCUGUCUAAGAAAUUUGACAAAAGAUUUAUCACAAACCAUAUAACAGAGAGUGUCUUAUCAACAGUUUGAAGAAAAAUCUUGAACAGGAAAUGGAUAUGGCAAUACUAUUUUGAGACAGUAUAUGCAUUCAGUGUGAUUGAUUUGUAAACUUAUGUAUAUAAAUGUUAAAUUUAGUUGUGAGUUUUGUAAAAUAUACAUUGUAUUAUAGAAUGUGAUCCCUAACUGUCAUUAUAUUUGAUAUAUAAUGUCAAACUUCAAGUGCCACAAUAUUUAUAGCCUUCUUUUAUUUUAUUUUUAUUUUUACCCUUUGUUGUAGAAAGAAUCAUAGAUAUCAAAUCUACCAUCAAAAGCUCAGAAGAUAAUAUAUCUUUUGUUCAGGUGAACACUGCAAGAAUUUAUAUAAACAGUUACUCAAUGUCAAUAAGAGUUAAUACAAGAGGACAGCUAUAUUCGUUACCAUCAAAAGCUCAAAAGAUAAUAUAUCUUUUGUUCAGGUGAACACUGCAAGAAUUUAUAUAAACAGUUACUUAAUGUCAAUAAGAGUUAAUACAAGAGGACAGCUAUAUUCCUUACCAUCAAAAGCUCAAAAGAUAUAAUAUAUCUUUUGUUCAGGUGAACACUGCAAGAAUUUAUAUAAACAAUUACUCAAUGUCAAUAAGAGUUGAUACAAGAGGACAGCUAUAUUCCUUACCAUCAAAAGCUCAAAAGAUAAUAUAUCUUUUGUUCAGGUGAACACUGCAAGAAUUUAUAUAAACAAUUACUCAAUGUCAAUAAGAGUUAAUACAAGACAGCUAUAUUCUUUCCUAUGCUCAUUUCAGUCUUUUCUUUUUACGAUGUGGACAGUACUGUAUAUCUACUGGUACUUAUUACAAUGAUUAGAAAUCCUGAGAUUUUGUCAUAAUUGAAUGUAGUUGAUUGUAUACAAUGUACUGUGUUUGCCAUGAUAAUGUACGUACAUUAAGUUAUAUAUAUACAAAAAAUAUCAAUGAUUUAGAGCUAAUUGAAUUAUACUUACAAACAUGAAAAUCGUCCUAGUCAUGAUUGAAUAACAAAUACUAGUAAUGGGCAAUGAUUAAAAUUUUAAUCAAAGCUAGUAUAUCGACCUGCACUGAAGCAGGUCUACGUGUGUACCAAUUAAAUGAAUAAUUCAAGAUCAAUGUGAGUAAUCUACCAAUAUAUUUUUAGGCAUUUGUCAACAACUUUGAAAAUACACUUGCACAUUGUAUACAUAUAAUUCAACUUUAAUGUACAAUAUCUUUCAUUUUUUUUCCAGUCUGUCUAAGAAUGUAUAUCAUCAAUAGCUUUAUGAAUUGUGUCAUAUUGUCUGUUCCAACUCUUUGGUUAUAUGUGAGGAGGCAUUUCAAGUGUCUGUAUGUAUGCGAGUGUUGUUUUAGUUCAUUUACUAUGCGGCAGUAGUAUAUGAAAAUGGGGUCUCAUUAUCUGCAUGCAUGAGGUGAGAGUACAGCUUGUGAAAAUGAUCUGGGCAUUGAUAUAUGAUUUUAAUAUUUUUGUUGAUUUAUGCAAUGUGAUCCCACUACAAUAUGCCAAAUACCGGUAGUUAUUUUGGUUUUUUAGCCGGGCUCUGCUAAUACCAAAUACCAAAUAGUUACACAAAGAGCCACGUUUUGUCAAAAGUGUUGGCAUUUUGCUUCUUUUUUUUUAAAUUUCGAAUGUAUUGUCCAAUUUUUUUAGUUUUCUUAUUAAUAACGUGUUUUUAAAACAUGCAUUUCUAUGCAUUUUGUACACAUACAAUGCGCAUGAAUUUCCAUGAACUACUUUGCUGCGCGAUGAAGAAAUGGGGAUUGAAUAUAUAAUGCUUGUUGCAAAAUUCAAGGCAGCAGCUGUUGAACUUUUUAACUUCUACUAGACAGACAUAGUUUUUGUUUAUAGCCCGCCGCUUACAAAAUUUGGUCGCUCUCUGACGCUUUGCCGACAUUAAAAGCAAGAGAGAGAGAGAGAGAGAGAGAGAGAGAGAGAGAGAGAGAGAGAGAGAGAGAGAGAGGUUUUCAGUCUUUACUACACAAUAUGCAUAAAGACACACCAAAAGAGCCCGGCUUUCAGUACUUCAGUACUUUGAUUUAUAUACCGGUAGUUAAAUUUUUUAAUGUGGUUUUUGGAUUUCUUGUUUAAACCAUUUGUAAAUUAUAAAUGGCAGAAGUGCAUGUGAAGUGCUAACUAAAUUAUAUAUGCUGGCAUAUCUAUAGAACGUCUUCCAAAAGUGUGAAUAAUGAAAAAAGAACUCUGGGAAUCAAGAAGGACAUAGUGAAUUUCAUGGAUCACCAGAUGUGUUAUUUAGUGUGAUCUUUAUAUCUUUAAUGUGACCCCGUCUCCCACUUUUUAAACUUUGUUUUUUUUUCACUUAUGUUUCGAUCUUUUGAUUUAUUCAUGUUUUCCCCAUCUCAUCGCCUUAAAUUACUUGUAUAUAUACAAUAUACAUGCAAUAAUAAGCAAAACGAGGGAUUUACAACUAUCUCUCAGAAAGAUUUUUUUU